UGGGCCGAAGCUAGCCGAGACUGAACUGAGUAAUAUGAGUACACAUGCAUAGCCAAGGACUCUGGAGGUUGGAAGCAAAGUUUUAUUGUGGCCCUUAUGGCCCUGAGUUGGCGCAACAAGAUGAAGUGUACGUGCAAACACCACGCUGUGUGGCGCGCACACACACUUUGAUCCACGUUUUUGAACGCCGCUGUACAGCCUCGCUUUUUGCAUGGAGGUAUUAACACCAAUUUAUUAGAUUGUUUUGCUGCAAUAAAUGACGAGUAAACUGGCCCGCCGCCCCCCAAAUAUCACCGUUAAAACAAUUGUGAUAAACCCAGUUGGGAAAAUAAAACUCUUUAUUCUCUCAAAAUCAUUAAAAACAAAGUUAGUUUUAAUGCUCACAGUUAACAACUGAGGAAUGUCGGCCUAACAAAAAAACAACGAAUGAAGCUUAUAUUCAUUAUGUUGGCACAGUCAAAUCAUAUAAACGCUGUUUCUCACUUGUUUAAAUAUUCCCCAAUAACUAUUUUAUUGUUGCAUUGUUAGUUGCUUUAUAGCUUUUACCAAUAUGGCUUGAUAUAUAUAUAUAUAUAUAUUUACGCCAUUUCAAAUAAAUCCGCGCAUACGUCAGAAACACGGGCUAGUUUAAAGUCAUGCCCUCAAAUGACAACCUCUCAAUGGAAGCACACAAAAAUAGUCGUUUUGUUAGAUGUCGCUCCAGUUCUCCUCAGGCCAUAUUAGUGCAAACGAAUUGGGUCUUUUUCUUUUUUGUGUGCAUGCGGAAGAGCUCCUGCUACUUGCCAUCGGCAAAUUUCAAACAUUUUAUUACCUUCCAAGUCCCGUGGCUUUGUUUUUCUUUUUUUUUUUUUUUUUUUUUUACAACUCGUGGUGAGUUUUUAGCAGCCGUGCAGGUUUGGACUUGAUUUGGAAGUGACACAUUCGAAUUUGUUUUGAUGCUUAAAAUUACGACUUAAUAGCGGAUUUGUGACUCUUCAUACAUUGCUAUUUUAGUGUUUCCUACAACUUACACGGUGUCACGGCGAAGGUGGAUCCACCUCAAGCCCUAAUGGUGCAUUAGGGCAAGAAGUAGGCGCACAGUGCAUGGCUGCGCUCUCUUCGUCCUCAGCUGCUUGAUAGAUGUUGUACGUAGGCUCAGAGUAGGCGGGACUUUGGCCCGACGCGAGCUUCCCAUUGGCCGCCCGGCGCACACGCUAGAAUGAGGGGCGCUCCUAAUCAUAUCCAGCAUGUUUUGCACAAGAAAUGUCAGACCGAGGGGGCUACCUUCUCCCUUCGCCAAAAUACUCGACAAUAAUGUCAUGUUCGGACAGUCCAUCAGGAAAUGCCUUCCUAGUGGAUUCUCUGAUCAGCGGCAGGGCUGAGAACUGCGGCGGUCAUUACACGGGAAGCGCCGCCGUGUGCGUGCCUCAUAGCGCAGCCGCCGAAGUGCCUUACGGACUACACAGCUACGGAUACUUCACAGGUAUACCCAAACGGGCUGACGUGGGACCCCAAAAUGUGGUCAGCGCUCCGAGCGCCUACCUGUCCGGCAUGGAGAUGUGGAUGGACGCGCAAAGGUCAUGUCGCGUGGACCAAGAGCGCUCGGUGCAGGGUCCUCAGGUCACGCCCUGCUCCUUCCCGCAGAACAUUAAGGAAGAGAGCACCUACUGUCUCUAUGAGCAGUCAAAGUGCCCUAAAGGUUCUGGUGCCGAAGACCUGACUUAUUCGCGGUUAGCCCCAGCCAGCUCGGUAAACGAUAGCGGCGGUGUUGCUGCUGCUGCUGCUGCUGCCGGAGGAGGCACAGUUCCCAUGCCGUGCUAUUUCCGCUUGUCUCAGAACCACGCGCAACCUCAUAAACUUUACAACGCCGAUGGCCCUGCGCAGUCUCCCUACCCUCAUUUGGGCCCACACUCUGGCGCCCCUAGCCGUUUCCAUUCUCCACCAACCUCCACGCAACCUCCGAGCGCCACGCACGAAGGAAGCGGGGACAAAGAGGAGCCCGUGUCCGCGGGGAACUCUGACCGGCAGCCCCACGCUGCAGUCGGGAGUGAAGAUCCGCGCGAUUCCACGGAUGCGGAAGACUCCUCUGCUGAGGAGACCGACGAGCAGGACAAGGAAAGGCCGGAAAAGGGCAGCAAAGGCGACAACAAAAGUGACAACGCAGCCAGCUGGCUGACAGCAAAGAGCGGACGGAAGAAACGUUGUCCGUACACCAAGCACCAAACUCUGGAGUUGGAGAAAGAGUUCCUGUUCAACAUGUACCUGACUCGAGAGCGCCGCCUAGAGAUCAGUAAAAGCGUGCACCUGACUGACAGACAGGUCAAAAUUUGGUUCCAGAACCGCAGGAUGAAAUUGAAGAAAAUGACACGAGAAAACAGGAUCCGGGAGCUCACCUCUAACUACGGAUUUUCAUGAUGAACGAGGUGAAAAACAAAAUGCAUAGAAAAGGAAAGAUUAGUCUGAAAUGACUGCCCCCCCCCCUAUACCCACGCACCACCCCUCCGCUCCUCUUCCAUUGCCACCACGACCACCACGCCCCACCCAUUUCAUAUGUGGGCCGUAGAAGCUUGAUUUCCACACACCCUCGAUGUGACUCAAACGUGGAAUGUUUUCUAAUGUUGUUUCUGUCGUAUUUUUGAUUAGUCAACGGAGUCAAAGUAAUCCAUUUGAAAAAUAUUCAUUAACUCUAUUUUAGUCCAACUUCUACGAAAAUAUUCGACCUUGAUUUGCAUGGAAUCAAUUUUGGAAUCACCACGUAAAUAUUACAAAUAAUAAUCCACCUGUGACCAAGUUUGAUGUCUAGUCGGCACUAUUGUGUGUAUGAGCUAAAUGUGUAAAUCGAGCAACAAUCUUUAGUUGCGUUUCCACGAGAAAAAAAAAAAAUUACGAGGCACGCGCGCGCUCAUGUUUUUGACUUGUAUAUUUUUUUUGGUGUACAUACCGACGUUGUGUUUUGUGUCAUGCUGAAUAAAUUAUCGCUCUGGCGCAUUAUAGUAAAUUGUA